CGAUAUUCUCAUCUCCUAUCGGGAUAUACUCCAUCAGGUACAGGCUCCUGCCACAUAUAUCAAUCUCCGUUCACCACGCGGCUGGCUAUUCCUGCACUCUGCAUAUACUGCACUUUCCCUCGUAGCAAGCUAAACGAGUCUUUCGAAUAUUGAGAAUGUCCUUCUUCUUCGCACCCGCACCCGAGCCUGCCACUCGUCUUGGCUACUAUCGCAAGCUGGCGCCCCGCGCUGCCGUUCACGUUUCCCCUCUCUGUCUUGGUGGCAUGAGCAUUGGUGACAAGUGGGCUGCGUUCGGGAUGGGCUCCAUGGACAAAGAGUCCUCUUUCCGCCUUCUAGACGCCUUCUUCGAUGCCGGCGGAAACUUCAUUGAUACUGCGAAUAACUACCAAGACGGCAGUUCUGAGGAGUUCAUCGGUGAAUGGGCUGAAAGGCGCGGUGUUCGUGAUCAGCUUGUCAUCGCUACUAAGUUCACCCAUAACUGGCACCGCGGGGAUGACUCAAUUGUACAAAAAGUCAACUUCAUGGGCAACAACAUCAAGUCUCUUACGCUCUCGGUGGAAGCUAGUCUCAAAAAGCUCCGCACGACCUACAUCGACAUCCUAUACGUCCACCUGUGGGAUAACGAGGCAGAUGUCGAGGAGAUCAUGGAUGGUCUUCAUAACCUCGUUGUGUCCGGGAAAGUGCUUUACCUCGGUGUCUCGAACAUGCCUGCAUGGAUGGUCGUCAAAGCCAACGAAUACGCCCGUCACAACGGCAAGACACCGUUCGUCGUCUACCAGGCGCGUUGGUCUGUGCUCGAUCGUGAUAUCGAGCGCGAGAUCCUCUCCAUGUGCCGUCAUGAAGGUCUUGCCAUCGCGCCCUUUGCUGUCCUCGCCGGCGGCCACAUCCGCACCGAUGAGGAGGAGGAACGCCGCCGUGAGUCUGGCGAGGGCGGUCGUACGUUACUUGGCCAGAAGUGGGAGCGUACCCCAACGGAGCGUGCUGUGUGCCAGGCUCUGGAGAAAGUCGCGAAGGAGGUCGGGGCACAGCACAUCACCGCGGUCGCGAUCGCCUACGUGAUGCAGAAGGCGCCAUACGUUUUUCCUAUCAUCGGCGGGAGGAAGAUCGAACAGCUUCAUGCGAACUUGGAGGCGCUGAGUAUUCACUUGACCGACAAGCAUAUUAAGGCCAUCGAGGCCGCUGCGCCACUCCCGCUGGGCUACCCCUGGACUGUUACGGGUGCGUACGGCACCCUGCCAUGGUUCUACUCUUCACUUGCGAAAGUGGAACACCAGCCUAUUCUGGCACCGCUGAAGCCUACUCGUAACAACUGAACCAAAGGCAAUCUGAUGGACGUCGAAUGCACACCCAUAAGAUCCUCAAAUACAUUAGCUUUGUCCGAGAUUUCGCUCCUGAAAAUCUGCCAUAUUGAUUGAGUUCUCCUGAUGCUGCCCGUUACGCAGUGGCUAUUCUUAGUUAUCAAGCUUCCCUUCAGGUUGUGGAACUUACCAGUUGAAAACACGAGGUCGUUACUCAUCCGCGCGCCGACUGGUGUCGUCUCUUACCAUAGCACUAUAGCACACUCGAUGCUUGUAGUACUAGUUGCAGCAAAGAAGCCUGUGGUCGCAUGCAUUCUA